CUAUUUGCUCAAAAUCAUGAAAUGAAAGAUACUUGUUGAAAAUCUGUGAAUAAUUUGCUAAUUCAACUGCUUCUGUUUCUCUGAUUACGAUGGUUCCAGCUAUUCCCGUUGCUUCUCUUGAAAAAGAUAAAAUUUUCGAUAACGAUUCUGAAAUUCAAGCAAAUCAUUGCACAAACUCUCAAAUUCAAGAGAAGAAAGUGCCAAUAAUUGUUGCAAAAUCUGAUCGAAGAGGGUUGUUUUCUAGCCUCUGUAUUCUACCGGAGUAUGAAGAACCACGAGACUUUCCAAAUACUUGCAAAAACUUUAUUGUUUUUUUGGUUGCUUUAGCAUCAACAAUUGGUCCCUUGGGCUCUUCGAUAAUAUUGCCUGCUAUUCAAGAUGUGAUUGAUCAACUUGACACCAAAACUUAUCUAGUAAACAUGUCGGUUGGUGUUUAUUUGCUCACCUUGGGUGUUUUUCCUAUUUGGUGGUCUGCCAUUAGUGAAAUAAAGGGAAGAAGAAAUGUUUAUUUGAUUUCUUUCUUUCUCUUAGUUGGGUUCUCGGUUGGAUGUGCUUUAUCUACUAAUAUUGGAAUGUUAUUAGCAUUUAGAGCAUUAUCGGGUGCCGUUUCUGGUUCCGUGCAAUCUGUUGCUGCUGGUUCAAUUGCAGAUUUAUACCCACCAAAAGAAAGAGGUACUGCCAUGGGAUUUUUUUAUUUGGGUCCACUAAUGGGACCAUUUUUGGCUCCGUUGAUAGGAGGUGCUAUAGCUACAGAAUUUGGAUUUAGAGGAACUCAAUGGUUUAUUGUGAUAUUUGCUGCUAUAUUAGUUGUUUUAAUCUUAUUUGGCUUGCCUGAAACUUUACGAAAAGUGGAUUUAAAAAUGAUUAGUGAAAAUAAUUUAAACCAAAAUAUUGAAAAAACUGCAGUUAUAGAGAAUAAAAGCAAAGAUACGUCUAAUUCAGAAUCAUCUACAAAUUCCCCCAAAAAAAUUGAAAAAGAAGGUUUGGAAUUUAUUAAUAAAGGCCAAAAAGAUAUUGAGGUUGCGUCAAAUGAACAUGAAAAUAGUGAUUCAAAUUCACUCAAUAAUUCAAAAGUGCAAAAAGUAAGAAAUACAAUUUAUUUUUAUAUUAUUCAACCAACAAAAUCUGUCACAUUAAUGAAAUAUCCACCUGUUCUUUUUUCAAUAAUAUUUUCGGGCAUCACAUUUUUGCCUGUUCAUAUUAAUAAUGUCGCAUUAAGUAAUAUUUAUUCAGAAGAGCCAUAUAAUUUUAGUCCAAUGAUUGUUGGUUUAGUUUAUCUUCCCAAUUCGAUUGGGUAUAUAAUAGCAUCUGUUUUUGGUGGCAAAUAUGUUGAUUUUCUUUUGAACAAGUAUGAAAGAAAACAUGGCUGCUUGGCUCCAGAAGCAAGAAUUUCAUAUAACAUACUCAUAUCAAUUGUACUAUAUCCAGUGUCUUUACUAAUUAUGGGGUGGUGUUUUGAUCAAAAGACAAACUGGAUUUUUCCAUUAAUUGGAACGUUUAUAUUUGGUUUUGCUUGUAUGCUAACAAUUGGAUGCAUUUUAACAUAUAUUGUUGAUUCAUUGCCAGGAAAAGGUGCUACAGGAAUUGCGUUGAACAACUCUUUAAGAAUGAUUCUUGCAACUGCAGGAACGUUUUUCACUGAGCCGCUAAUCAGAAAAAUGGGUGUUGGUCCAUUAUACACUCUUUUAUCUGGGUUGAUAGUUCUUUCUAGUGUUUGUGUGAUAGUUCUCAAAAAAAGGGGGAGACAUUGGAGAGAGACGUAUGAUCUUGAGCAACUUUACGAUAAGUUGAAAUAAAGCGAAACAACAUAGAUAGCAGCAUAUAAGUUAUUCAUCAAUAUUCUUUUAUAAUUGGUUACUUUUCGGUG